AAGCAUCCCAUUUAACAAACUGAGCUUAAACUAAAAUCAGAGCACAAAAUGAAAAUCAAAAUAAUAAUUUGUGCUCUAGUGGCCUCAGUCGCAGGUGAUGAGCAACCCGGUGACAAUGACUACAUCAAAGAAAUCGUGGGUGGCCAUGAAGCUGCUCCCGGAGCAGCUCCGUACCAGGUGUCCCUACAACAGUUCUCGUUCCAUGUCUGUGGUGGGGCCAUCAUCGGAGAUAGUUGGAUAUUGACCGCGGCUCAUUGUGUUUUUAAGAGUAAACCGACGCAGCUCCAAGUCCUAGUCGGAACUAACAGUCUAGAUGUGGGCGGUAAGAGGUACGAUGCGGAAAAAUUUAUAAUCCACAACCGGUAUGAUAUGCCAAUGUACUACAACGAUAUUGCAUUAAUCAAAUUGGAAACGAAAUUGGAAUUCAAUAACAAUGUGAGUGCCAUUCCGUAUUCGGAGAAAACUAUUCCGGAAAAUGCCACCUUAACUUUAACCGGAUGGGGUAGGACAUCAAUUUUGGGCGAUGCGGUUCCUGUUAAUCUGCAAACAAUUGAACUGCAAUAUGUGAACAAUGAAGAGUGCCAGCAGCGUUGGGGAAAUAAAUCAUCCUUAGAUAUUGGACAAGUAUGCACGUUCACUCGAACCGGAGAGGGAGUUUGCAAGGGCGAUUCUGGCGGUCCACUAACGUAUCAGAAUCAACUGGUUGGAGUGGUAAGCCUUGGAGUUCCUUGCGCCAGAGGAAUUCCAGACGUAUAUUCUCGAGUUUCUUACUACCAUGAAUGGAUUACCACAAAUAUCAAGAAUUACUCGUAGUCGUGAAAAAAUAUCAGUUUAAUUAUUCAAUAAAUGUAAUAAUUAAAAUCGGA